CGGCGCACUUCCGGGUGCGGCUCUGAUCGGAUCGCUGCGCUCGAACAGACGCGUUGCCGUCGGAUUCAUGAAUGUAAAGCUGUAAACAAGAGAGCUGCUCGCCAAGGUCUUCUUGAACAUCCCAUUGAUGAAUACCUCCGACAGCGAAGAGGAGUUUUAUAAUGAGAGAACAGCCUUGGUGUCUUCAGAGAGUCCAACCAUGGCCACAUACACGCAAGACUCGCAGCUCCCCGGACCGGCGGACACAGAGACCAAAGAGGGCGCCUCGUCGCGGCUGGCCCGGGGAACGGCCGAGAGGGAACCUGCGGUGGAGAGCGAGGAUGAGGAACUGACCCUGAAAUAUGGAGCCAAGCACGUCAUCAUGCUGUUUGUGCCAGUGACGUUGUGCAUGGUGGUCGUCGUGGCAACGAUCAAAUCCGUCAGCUUCUACACGGAGAAGAACGGCCAGCAGCUGAUUUACACGCCCUUCACGGAAGACACGCCGUCGGUGGGCCAACGGCUUCUCAAUUCUGUCUUGAACACCAUCAUCAUGAUCAGUGUCAUUGUGGUCAUGACCAUCUUCCUGGUUGUGCUUUACAAGUACCGCUGUUACAAGUUCAUUCACGGGUGGCUGAUUCUCUCAUCCUUGAUGUUGCUUUUCUGGUUCAGCUUUAUGUACUUGGGUGAGGUGUUUAAGACCUACAAUGUGGCAAUGGACUACCCCACAUUAGUGAUGAUCAUCUGGAACUUUGGGGCCGUGGGAAUGAUCUGCAUCCAUUGGAAGGGCCCCCUGCAGCUCCAGCAGGCAUACCUGAUCGUCAUCAGCGCUCUCAUGGCCCUCGUCUUCAUCAAGUACCUGCCCGAGUGGUCAGCCUGGGUCAUCCUGGGUGCCAUCUCUGUGUACGAUCUCAUUGCAGUGCUGAGUCCGAAGGGCCCGCUCAGGAUGCUCGUGGAGACGGCUCAGGAGCGCAACGAGCCCAUUUUCCCCGCUCUUAUAUAUUCCUCUGCCAUGAUCUGGAUGGUGGGGAUGGCCCAGACAUCAUCUCCUGAGCCCAGAGAUCAAGAGACAGAUGAGGAAACUCCUCAGAGUAACGGCGAGGGCCUGGAGAGGAGCCAGGAGGAGCCCGAGAACCAGGCGUUCAUGGGGAGGAACAGAACGUAUUCUGCCGAGGAGGAGGAGGAGCGGGGAGUGAAGCUGGGGCUGGGUGACUUCAUCUUCUACAGCGUGCUGGUGGGCAAGGCCGCAGCCACAGGAGGGGACUGGAACACCACUCUGGCGUGCUUUGUGGCCAUCCUCAUCGGACUGUGUCUCACUCUCCUUCUGCUGGCCAUCUUUAAGAAGGCCCUCCCUGCCCUGCCCAUCUCCAUCACGUUUGGCCUUGUUUUCUACUUUUCCACCGACAACCUGGUGCGGCCCUUCAUGGACAGCCUUGCUGCUCACCAGUUCUACAUCUGACUGCACCUGGCAAGGACUGACUGCUGCCCAAGGACACGACACGACACGACACACACACGUUCAGCGAGCUGUUCUUUUGUAGCCCUACUAAACUUUUUUUUUAAUCAGUCUUUAGAUGAAUACAUUAGGACCUGAUGAUAAACAGUUAUUUUUAUGGCUGGGUAUUUCAACAUGUGAAUAAAGUGGUUUGUCUUUCUGCAAUGCCUCUAAUCCUCCUCUCCUACAGGAAAUUUCUAAGGCGCACUGUCUUUCAGUGACAGUGUGGACAAAGUGCAUUAAAGUGACUUAAGGUUUGAAGGAUGUUCUGUAAACAAAGGCCAAGCACUGGCAAUGAAAGCUGGUUCCUGCUGUACCUCUGACUGUGAUAACAGUAGUUUGAAGUUGUUAUACAGUGCACUGCAGUAUCAUCGGUCUGUUGCUUACUGUGACAAAGUUAAGACACUAUUAAAGUUAACAAUCUGAUUACAUACAGUAUGUGAUAUCAAAAUGUUUACUUGUUACAAAUGGAAAGUGUCCUCCAGUGAAACUUGUCUUGUUUGGUAUCAAGCCACUUGCAAUAAACAUCAAGGAAACAGA